AGUAGCCAUACGUCCAUUCUGCACCACCAACGUUACGGUUCCGUUCCCACACCUCUUAGUAGUAGCACUUUAGCUAAGUCGGCGGCGGGAAGUUACCGAUACUUUUUCAGGCCACAAACGACACGGGCGAGGUCGUGAACAAUCGAUGAUUUGUUAAGUAUAAUUGAUGGAUCUGUAGUCAGAAAUACACUAAGAGAAGACUGAGCUUCGCGGAGCGGAAUUCAGCUAACAUGGCUAACGUCGGAAACCAAUUACCAACACAGGCCGUCACCAAGCCAGGCAAACAUGGAAACGUACUGCCCCUGUGGGGCAACGAAAAAACUAUGAAUCUUAACCCAAUGAUUCUCACAAAUGUGCUUUCUUCGCCCUAUUUCAAAGUUCAGCUCUAUGAACUGAAGACCUACCAUGAAGUUGUGGACGAAAUCUAUUUCAAGGUGACUCACGUUGAGCCGUGGGAAAAGGGAAGCAGAAAGACAGCAGGCCAGACUGGAAUGUGCGGAGGGGUGCGUGGAGUUGGCACUGGUGGGAUUGUGUCUACUGCUUUCUGUUUGCUGUACAAACUCUUUACUCUCAAGCUUACACGCAAACAGCUGAUGGGUCUGAUCACCCACACAGACUCUCCUUAUAUCAGAGCACUUGGAUUCAUGUACAUAAGAUACACUCAGCCCCCGACCGAUUUAUUAGAGUGGUACGACGGCUUCAUGGAUGAUGAGGAGGAGCUUGAUGUAAAAGCAGGAGGUGGCUGUGUGAUGACUGUUGGGGAGAUGCUGCGCUCAUUCCUGACCAAACUAGAAUGGUUCUCCACUCUGUUUCCUCGAAUCCCCGUGCCUGUACAAAAACAGAUUGACCAGCAAAUGAAGGCGAGGCCGCGAAAGGUGGCUCAGAAGGAACCAGAGGAGGAGACUAGUUUCUCAGAGCCGGGGAAACAAGGGGAGCACAGUCAUUCCAGGACACCGAGACGAUCACCAAGCCCCAAAAGGUCGCCCAAACGGUCGAGAAGCCGGAGCCACCAUCGUGAAAAAGAACGUCACGGUCCAAACUUUGACCGUGAGCUGGAGAGAGAGCGUGAUCGUCAGAGGAAGGAGAAGGAAAAGGAGAGGGAGGGAAGAGACAGGGACAGAGGGGACAGGGAAAGACGGCGAUCCCGCAGCACAGAUAGGAACCAAGACCGACGAGAACGUAAAAGAAGUUGCAGCGGCAGCAGAGAACGGAGGAGCGAACGCAGGGACAAAGACCGGGAUGGGGGGGAGGACCGGAGCAGGAGGAAAGAGCGAGAUCACCACAAGGAUAGAGGCACAGAGAGGGAAAGGUCCAGGGAGAGAAAGAGCAGGGGGGAGACUGAUGAGCGGAGGCACAAAGACGAUAGGGAGAGACACAGAGAAGACAGGAAGUCCAAAAGGUUGAGUCGAAGCCGAAGCAGAGAAAGAAAGCACAAAAGUGGGGGAGAGGAGAAGAGUAGGAAACGUGAACACAGCCGAGAGAGAGAGCGAGACGGAGAACAGAGAUCUCACAAGCGCAGCGGCAGCAAGGAGAAGAGCCGUCAUCAGCGAGAGUCCAGUAAUGAACACAGCAAGCAUGCCGACCGCAGACGGAGUCGGAGCACGGAGUAAACCACUCGCAGCAGUGUUGUCCAGGUUUUCUGUCUGGUCAGUCACAUGCUGGGAGAAGGACCGUCAGCGUGCAGAGUUAGCACCAGGAGCCGUCUGGCCUGUUGUAAUGUUUUCAUUUGACUUUUCAGUGUUUUACUCCCUGUUAGGCUAUUCUUAGUCCUCAUUUAAAAUCUGUAAAGUGACAGGAAGGCAUUUUAAUUUUCUACGGCCCCCUUUUUGUUUGGCCCAAAAGACGUGGGUUUGUACAUAAAAUCUGGAGACUGUCUACAUGCUGUUAUUGGACAGUCGGACGUGAAGGCUCCGCAUCAUACUGUCAGUAUAUACUGGAUGUAAUUUAUACUGGAUCGUUAUUGUCAGUCUGCGCAUAAAGCUAUAGGAGCUCAUUUCUGGUUGGACACGAGUCGAGAUAUCAGCUCUUACAGUAUGACGAUGGAGCCGGCGCUCAACUCUUCUGUCCAUGAUUGUUUGUAGACAUUUCAAGAAUGUUUUAAUCCUCCGAAGGGCAGACUCCAAAGGUAUAUUUUUACCACACACACUUUAUCCCUGCUUGUUGUGUUUGAGUUGUUGCUCUGUUGCAUUUUGUUUUCUAAUAAAACACUUUUACAAAUU